AUGUUCAAUGCUGUGGUCCUGCAAGCCGCCGCCACUUACCCAACCGUCUUUCCUCAAAUGAUCAAGAAUAUCGAGACCAUCCAAGGCGAUGGAGGCACCGGAACGAUAUUCAAAGUCACCUUCAUUGAUAGUGGUAAACAUUUUCUCUUUCCUCUUUCUUCCUUGGGUCGAAGUCGAAUCGAGUAA